UUCGGGUUGUCAACUGGUAGUUCCGGUCGCCAUUGUCUCUCUUUUCCAAUCGGUGCAAGAAAACGUGGAUCGUUGAUUGUAUUUUUGUGAAAAUACAAGAUGGGUAUCGAUAUUUGUCAUAGAUAUGACAGAAAGAGUCGCCGCACGGAGCCUAAAUCCCAGGACGUUUACCUGAGGCUGCUCGUCAAGCUCUACAGAUUCCUGUACCGCCGAACUCACAAGAAGUUCAACAAGGUCGUGCUCCGUCGUCUGUUUAUGAGCAAAACCAAUCGCCCACCCAUCUCCCUGCAGCGCGUGGUGCGUUUCAUGAAUGAUCGCAAGAAGCCUGACAGCAUUGCCGUUGUGGUGGGCUCCGUGACCGACGACAAGCGUAUGCUGACCGUGCCGAAGCUGCGCCUGUGCGCUCUCCGCGUCACUGCCGGAGCUCGCGCCAGGAUUCUGGCCAAGGGUGGCGAGGUUCUCACGUUCGAUCAGCUGGCCCUUAUGGCGCCCACGGGCAAGAACACGCUGCUGCUCCAGGGCAAGCGCACCGCUCGUACGGCCCACAAGCACUUCGGCAAGGCUCCUGGUGUGCCUCACUCCCACACCAGGCCAUACGUGCGUUCCAAGGGACGCAAGUUCGAGCGCGCUCGUGGACGCAGGCGCGGAUGCGGCUACAAGAAGUAAAGAACACAGCCUGAGGCUGAGAUGCUGCGGCCGGAGAUCGAAAUACAUUAUUUCCGGUUAUAA